GCUGUAAUCGGCAAUCUCAUCGGUGCCUUGCACGCCUUGGUCCCGGAGAUCUCCAUUGUUGCAGUUCCAACAGGUGGCCACAUGGAGGACGUCCACGUUGAGCGCUGCCUGGAAGCCGUCCGCGAUGCACGGCAACCGUAUUUGGACAUCUGCACACACGAGCAGCCGCUUGCGGCCUGUACGGCGCGGACCUUCCAGCGACUGAUGCAAGGAGCUUUGUCCCAGAAGUGGUGGCCGCUGAUCCACAACGCAGAGGGCACCCCGGGCUCCAUCGACUUGGGCUACAAAUAUGAUGAGCUGAUGGAUGCCUUGGCGUGCUCUUCGAAAGGCAGUUGCCUUGAGAAGGGGCUUGGGGACCUGGACUCUGAGGACUUGAAAAGCGUUCUCGAGAACGGCACUACCAGCGAGAGGGAGCGCUUUGCCGAGCUGCAGUGCUCCUUUGCAGGCAACCGAGUGGACACGGAGGACAGUGAGACAGGAAAGCUGCCGGUGUUCUCUGACAAAAUUUGGAUAGCUGCAUUGAAAGCGCAUGGCGCUUCAAUGGAAAUGGAGCCGUCCGAAGUCCACCCGUGUCCCAGAGUGGUGCCUUUCGUGGUGGCCUUCUGCGCUUCCAGUUUGGGUUGCAUGGAAGACGCAGACAAUGCAGGGAAAGGUUUCUAUGAGCUUCCAGAUUUUCAGAAUGCCAGGUCCCGAGCGGAGGCGCAGCGGCGCAGCAUUUCCCACAUGCCUUGA